AUGGCUAGCCUUCAAGGCUACGUCGACCAUCGUAUUCUACUCAUCCUGCAGGAUGGUCGUUCUAUUGUAGGUGUGAUGGCCGGGUACGACCAGAAAUCGAAUGUCGUCUUGUCGGACUCGAAGGAGCGCGUUUAUAGCGCUGAUGAAGGUGUCGAGGAGAUUCCUCUUGGCCUUUACCUUGUCAAGGGUGACCAGAUCGUCUUGAUUGGUGAAGUCGAUGAAGCAAUUGACCAAUCUGUCGACUUAGCGACAAUACGCGCCGAGCCGCUACCUCCAAUUCGUUAUUGA